CAAAAGUUUUGCGUCAUUGAUGUUGUUUUUUCAACUUGUCUGCUAUCAAUAUUUUAACAAUAACAGUUUAAUAUGAUUAUAUCAUCUUUCGUAUUUCUUCAAAACAUUUUGAUAUCAGACUACAUGUGCAGAAUUUAAGAAACUUGUAAACCGACACAAUGCCUUCCACUUCCCAAACAAGCCGAGCUAGUGGCUCCCAGCGGCAUAGUUCUGCAAGUCAUUCACAGAGAACCUCAUCACAGAAGGGCCAGAGUGCUACCCAGAGCAUGACUCAGGCUGACAAAGCAGCUGCUGGUAUUAAUGAAGAUGAACUUGAACAAAAGGUGACCGACUUGGUACAAUAUAUGCUUAUCAUGUGGCAGAAAAAUAUACCCAUCAAGAAGCAAGAGAUCAAUAAAAAUGUUCUGAAGGAACACAGCAAGGCCUUUGGACAUAUUAUGAACAAAGCUGUGGAUAAAUUAGCAAAGGUGUUUGGAGCCAAAGUGGUUGAACUACAGGAUAAACAGAAGGGAAGCUACAUCCUCUUAAACCAACUGGAAAAUGAUCCUGAGAAACCGUAUUUGGUAUUUCCAGACCUAGAAAAUGCGAAAACUGGUCUCCUGAUGGUCACUCUUAGUCUUAUCUUCAUGAACGGCAACAUCAUGCAUGAUGCUGAAUUAUGGCACACAUUAAAGAAGUUUGGAAUUGAUCCGUCUAUUACACAUGAUGUAUUUGGAGACGUCAAGAAGGUGAUAACUCAGGAGUUUGUACGACAGGGUUUCCUGGAAUAUGUACGACAGCCGAACAAUGACAUACCAACCUACGAUUUUCAGUGGGGACAGCGGGCACAUUUGGAAACAUCAAAAAAACAUUGUCUACAUUUUGUUAGUCAGAUAUACGACAUGGAGCCAGAGAGAUGGACGUCACAGUAUCAGGACGUACUGACUGAGGAAGGUAUCGAGUCGGAUAACAACGUAUCUACGUCAUGAGGAAGCUAUCGCGUCAAACAACCACGUAUCUACAUUGUGACGCACCCGAACUUGAGAAGAGAGAUUGAUGUAACCAAGAGACGAGAAGUUUUCCUGAUUGUUUUUUUUAUCAUCAAUACAGUGUUUCUGGGUUUUCCACUGUUCGGCUGAAAUUUUCCGUACUCUCCGUCCAAAACUUAGGAUAUGGUUUCCAUUGAUGUUUUGCCUACAUUCUGAAUGGGAGCUGCCAUUUUAUACCAUGUUGUAACCUUUAAUUUCCUAAGGCCUAUCUCAUUAUUCAACUGCCAGUGUUAAAAUUUCGAGAUUAUUUUUUUCGUUACUCAUUUUCAUAUGUGUAUAAAGAUCUGUGUGAAGCAUUCAAAAAACAUUUCAAAUUGUGAAAAAGUGGAAACAUCCAAUAUUCAUCUGCUGGUGAAAUACAUGGGUAUGAGAGACAACUCUGCAUGAUAAUUCUGUGUGUGGAGAAAUCAUUCCACUGCUGAAGUAACAUUUGCCCACAUAUAGGCAGUUUUCUUAGUGUUAUUUCACUUCUGAUUUAUGACAGUUUUUUAUUAUGUGGAAAUUUUUUAUGUGAUUACAUAGCCGCUUGAUACCUACUGAUGAACAGUUUGACUGUUAUUCUAUUUCUACAGACUGUUUUAAUCAUAUUGUUCAACUUCUAACAAGGAAGGAAAUGUUUUAUUUAACUCAACACAUUUUAUUUACGGUUAUAUGGCAUCAAACAUGUGGUUAAGGACCACACAGAUAUUGAGGGAGGAAACCCCGUCACAACUUCAUGGGCUACUC